AUGCCAGAAGUUCCGCGGAAAACAAUGAGUUUUGAGGAAGAGGACUUUUACGUGAGUUGAACAUUUUCAAAAUUUCACGAAUUUGGGAUGAUUUCAGAUUGAAAGCACGGAAGAAUUAUUUGAAAUUGAUGAAGAAGAGAUUUUUUUUAGAUUUUUGUUGGAUUCGCUGUUGGACAAGGCUUUUGAUGGGAAAAAGGAUGAAGAUUCGGCGAUUGACACAAUGAAAGAUAAAGAAGAAGAUGCAGUUUUGAUGUUUAGUGAAGAAGUUCAAGGACUUUCGGCGGAAGAAGAGGAAAAACUGGUAGAUUUGGAUCUGAUUCCGAAUUUCUCAACAAAUCGAAAUGUUUAUGGCACAAGUUUUAAUGUUUAA